AGAUGUUGACUUUUACUUCUGUUGGAUUUUUAUGAUAGGUUGGCAUGAUGGUUCAACAAACUAUGAAACAAAGAUUUGGAAAAUGCUUGCUUGAAUUAAGUGGAAAUAAUGCUAUAACUGUCAUGGAUGAUGCUGAUAUUAAGUUGGUUGCACGUUCUGUUCUCUUUGCGGCUGUUGGUACAACUGGUCAGCGCUGUACAACAUGUCGUAGACUGUUGCUUCAUGAAAGCAUAUACGAGAAGGUACUUGAGCAAUUGCUUGAUGUAUACAAACAAGUGAAGAUAGGGGAUCCACUAGAAAAUGGUACCUUCCUUGGGCCAUUGCAUACUAAAGCAUCAAGAGAUAACUUCGUGAAGGGAAUUGAGGUCAUAAAGUCUCAGGUAUGACUCUUAUAACCUUACUUUGGCUUUACCUUUUCCUGAUUUUUUCACAACUAGUGGCUCCAAAUACUUCUUAGUUAAUGUCGUUCAAGGGUUUUGAUUGAAGCACCAAAG